AUGGAGAGAGAUUGUGAACUGCGCCACGUUUUGGGCUCAAAAGGAUCAUACCGUAGGGCCACACGAGGUCACACCAUUCCUGGAGGUGGACAAUUAACGAGACCGCCGUACUGGGGCUCUAGUGCGAUUGUGCCCGAGAACCCCUACUGUGGGAUACCUUUAAAUUGGGAGGCGAGGCAGCUCAUGAAAGCAAGCUAUGUCUCUGGGCUGAGGAUGGGUGCACCCGAGCCCACACCAGAAAAUUGCGCGAUGGACUGA